AUGUUCCGAAUCUUUGGUCGGAAAGAAGUUGACGACUAUUUUCUCCUCCCCACGCUGCCCCCCUCCAACAAUACCAAUGACGACCCGAACAAAUCCAGCUGGUUGAUCCCAACACACGGCAAGAGUUGGAAUAUUCCGCAAUGGCAUCAACCCUAUCCUGGAGGCACCCGCACCGUCACGACAGGAGGGAAUUUCUCUUGUGUUUGGACCACCUUUGUGGCGACCAGUGGCAAGUCCGUUCCGAUGUGUGUUCAUCCCUUUCCAGAUUUCAUUUCCGGCGUGAUUGCCAAAGAGCAUCGUUGGCCCGAUUGUGAUCUUUUGCCCGUCUUGUGGCGCGAGAAUCAACCCAACCAGGUCAUUCGUUGGUUCUCGAUCACUUUUUGGAGACAACGCCAGCCGCCGCUCUUUGUCGAUAUUGGAGCCAACAUUGGAUCCUGUGUCUUGGAAAUGCUACUCAGUACGGAGGAUUCCCACAUUCUGGCCGUGGAACCACAUCCCAUGAAUCGGUUUGCCCUGGAAAUGACGCUCCGGGGACUCCCAACACCACUACAAGACCGAGUCACCCUGGUACCGAUCGGACUGGGAAAGGAGAACCAUCAAGUGUUGGAGAUUUUCACAGGAGAAACCAACAUGGGGAAUUCCGUCCUUGGAAAAGCCAUUCGCGAUGUACCCGACCAACAGAUUCGGAGCGAUCGGUACCCAAUCUCGGUGGAACGAUUGGAUUCCAUUCUGCUCCCACCAGCCACCACUCGUACUAUUCCACUUGUCAAACUGGAUGCACAAGGGUAUGAAUGCAAUGUACUGGAAGGAAUGGGAGUGGACCUCGGAAGGAAGAUACAAACCAUCAAAUUUGAAGUUGCCACGCAUCACCUCCAAGAACAGAACUGCUUGGAUCUGUUUGCGAGACUGAGGAGCUUGGGGUUUCAUAUACGACCUGUUCACAAUGGGAAGGACGAUGGCAGAAACCAAGACAACAGUCAACACAAGACAAAGGAAAAGCCAAAGGACAACACCAUCGUUCAAUACAUAGACACUGGAGAAGUGUUUGAUGUUGCAACAGAUUUGGUAGUCUCGGAUUACUUGGCGGUGAGAUCUGCAAGAAAUACAAAAGCAUACACCACAACUCCAAGCUAG